AUGGACGCUUUAUUCUGCGUACCGAUGCUCUCGGUUUUCUUGAUCCCGGUGCUAUCAUCGUAUAGCACGACUUUGAACUUCUUGUUCUUUUACAUGACCUGGUCUACGCUGGUUUUGUCGCAUACUCCGCUAAGAGUUGAGAUUUUUGGAACAAUCGCUAUAAGAGUUCUAUUCUAUGCCUUACCAUCCGCUGUCAUGUUCCUUUUCGACAUUCUCACACCUUCAGCCGCAGUGGUUAUCAAGGCGCAUGGCUCGACUGGCUUGCCUGGCGGCAAACGUCGACGCAAUAUUCGAUUGCGCGAAAUCAAGGUGGCUGGAUGGUCACUUCUGAACCUCACCUUGGCCAUCGCGCUACAGUGGGCAAUCGAGACCACGUGUGUGCGAGCUUUCAAGAUGCGAAGCGCGCUGAAAGUCAGCCUCAAGCUUCCGAUGCCAUAUGAGAUGGUUCGGGAUCUGUUGCUAGGAAUGCUUGGCCGAGAGGCCCUUACAUACAUCAUUCAUCGUUUUGCUCUCCAUGCGAACGAGUCUCCACUCAAGAGAUGGCACCACUUCUGGUACCAUGCACUUCACGCCCCGUUCCCUCUGUCUGGACAUUAUGAUCACCCAGUCACUUAUCUGCUGUCGAACUUCAUCCCAACUUACCUGCCGGCUGUGCUCUUCCGCUUCCACAUGCUCACAUAUCUCAUCUAUCUGGUGAUCGUCUCUAUUGAAGAGACGUUUGCCUACUCUGGAUACACUAUCAUGCCGACCAACUUCUUCUUGAUUGGCAUGGCACGUCGCAUGGACAUGCACGUCCUGACAUACGGUGAGGGCAACUUUGGUCCUUGGGGAAUCAUGGACUGGAUUUUCAAGACCGCCAUUGGUGAUGCCGAACUCAUUGAUGAUGAGCAAGAUGAUGCAGAGGAGCGCGAGCGCGAGAGGCGUUCUCGAACCACUUAUGCGGCGUCACCCAAGAAGAAACCUACAACUCCCCGGCCAGCAAAGACCACAUCAGCCCAGGGCCCAGCAGGCCGGCGGCGCUGA